GCUCCCGCGGCUGCUGGCGCGCGGCGAGAGUGCCUGGCGGGCUCCGGCUUCCGCGUCCGCCCCGGCUCCGGCUUCGGCCUCAGCACCGCGCCCGGCUCCGCCGCGGCCCACCGAGCCCCGGGGGCAGCCGAGCCGCCGGCGACUCCCGCAGAGCUCCGGGUGCCCGCGCGGGGGGCCAUGCCGUGCCGGAGGGAGGAGGAAGAGGAAGCCGGCGAGGAAGAGGAGGAGGAGGAGGAGGAGGACAGCUUCCUCCUGCUGGAACAGUCGGUGACUCUGGGCGGCUCGGGCGAGGUGGACCGGCUGGUGGCCCAGAUCGGCGAGACGCUGCAGCUGGACGCGGCGCAGGACCGCCCUGCCUCCCCGUGCGCGCCCCCGGGGCCGCCACUGCAGCCCCCGCGACCCCCGGCGGUGGUGCGGGCGGACAAGGCCCGAGCCCCGGCUCUGCCGUUGCUUCUGCCGCCCGCCUCGGCCGAGACUGGGGGUCCGGCGCCCCCGGGGGCCCUGCGCUGCGCCCUCGGGGACCGCGGCCGGGUGCGGGGCCGGGCUGCGCCCUACUUUGUGGCCGAGCUCGCCGCAAGCCCCAGCGCGCUGCCCGGGCCGUGCCGGCGAGGAUGGCUGCGGGGCGCUGUCGCCUCCCGCCGCCUGCAACAGCGACGAUGGCCCCCAGCCGGGGCGCGCGCCAACGACGACGACCCGCACAGGCUCCUGCAGCAGCUGGUGCUCUCGGGGAACCUCAUCAAGGAGGCCGUGCGGAGGCUCCAGCGAGCCGUCGCCGCGGUAGCAGCCACGGGCCCUGCGGCACCCCCCGGACCCGGGGGCAGCCGCAGCCGACCGGACCCUGUCGCCCUUUAGCCCUCCGGCGCCUUGCACUGACCCAGGGCCCCUGGAGGAGGAAGAAGCCGCUGCGGGGACCCAACGGCGUCCUGUGCGUUCCCCAACCUUGAGCUGAAGCCGCCGUUGCCGUCUUGGGAGCGACCGCCUAGGCUGCAAGGAGGCGCGUGGGGAGAGACCUCAAGCCGAGAAGUUACCCGCCCUGGCGAGGCUGUCGGCGAAAACUUGAGCGUGGAGAAAUGCACGGGCCAGGGCGCGUCCGUGUCGCGUGAGAAUUUCCCCGGCCACCUCGGGGACGGGAACCUGGGGUAAAACUGGGAGAACUAUGGCAGCUAUUUGCAUCAACUUGUACCUGACUUAACCCUUGGGGGUGUCGUGUGCUUGGAUUGUUUGAAGAUACGGCUCCAAGGGGCGAGAAUCGCGAGGGCUUUGUAACAAUACUUGAAAACUGAUGACACGAAUACAUUUUAUUUUCCGGUGGAGGAACUUAGUGAAAAUGGUGCUACAAUUGCUGUGCAAAGAAAUUCCGGAGGGAAGAAGAAUGUAAAAGCUUGGUGGUGGGUGGGUUGGCAUCGCCCGACCCCUUUCUCCCACGUCAUCGGUGACAGGUCGAGGUGGGAGAUGUGAACUCCAGUUGUCGGGGGCAGGGAGGUGGAGAAUUUUGCAGGUGGGUCGAGGUGGAUGUGGACUUUUAAAUGACUUGACCUUGCCACCUGUGUUUCAAGGUCACGGUGUGCUUGGAUGGAAGGUUGUGGGGUUCCUGGGAGAGCUAACUGACCCCUGUGUCUUUUCUUUAUCUUGCUCCAAGAAGAGCCCUGUCUGUGCUUCGCCACCUCCUAGAGUCUCCAGAGGACACACAGGUGGAGAGAGCUGUGCGAGGAGAGUUAUUUGUUUUCCUCUGUGCUCUCCUUCUGUCCAGAACUCCUCCUCC